CGCCGGGGGAAACGGCGCGGGGGCGACGCUCGCUCGGAAAAUGGCCGCUUCCAGCGCCCGCCUCUCCGCCGCCUUCUGACACCGGCUCCUGCCUGCCGCCCCGCCUGGCCAUGUACAGGUGACACCGGCGCCCGGACACCCUGACUAACCCGGGACAGCUCCUCACUUCACGGUGAUCAUUCAGGAUGUAACAUGGAAAAAAGAAGAUAGUUGUAAAAGAAGCUGCUUCAUCAAAAGAAUGGCCUUUCUGGACAACCCUGCCAUCAUCCUGGCCCACAUCCGACAGUCGCACGUGACGAGCGAUGACACAGGGAUGUGCGAGAUGGUCCUUAUCGACCACGAUGUUGACCUGGAGAAGGCCUAUCCUCCCGCAGCGAGUGGCGUGCGGACGAGUGUCCAGGGAGAGGGCAGCGGUGAGACUCAGGGCUAUGACUACUCGCAAUCAGUUGACAUUACCUCAAGCUGGGAUUUUGGCAUUCGGAGACGAUCAAACACAGCACAAAGGCUGGAAAGAUUGAGAAAAGAGCGACAAAAUCAGAUUAAAUGCAAAAAUAUUCAGUGGAAAGAGAGAAACGCUGGACAUUCAGCAGAAGCACUAGGAUCCUUGUUUGAAAAGAAGGACUUCCGAGCAAAGCCACUGAAUACCGGCAAACAGUCUAUGCUUUCCAUCCGCCUUGAACAGUGUCCGCAGCAACUGAACAACCCGUUUAACGAAUAUUCCAAAUUCGAUGGCAAGGGCCACAUAGGUACCACAGCAACCAAAAACAUUGAUGUCUACCUCCCCAUGCAGACCAGCCAUGACAAGAUGCAGCCAAUGACCAUGGUCACGAUGGCAAAUGCCAGAGUUCAAGAUCUGAUCGGCUUAAUUUGCUGGCAGUUCACGAGUGAGGGACGGGAACCCAAACUAAAUGAGAACGUGGACGCCUACUGCCUUCACAUCGCCGAGGAUGACGGGGAAGUGGAUGGAGACUUUCCACCUCUCGACUCCAAUGAGCCCAUUCACAAGUUCGGCUUCAGUACGCUGGCACUCGUUGAGAAAUACUCGCCGCCCGGGUUGGCAGCCAAACAGUCUCUCUUUGUUCGAAUAAACGCGCCACAGAGUGGAUUUUCCCUGAUUCAGGUUGACAGUAUGAAUGUCACCAUGAAGGAAAUUCUGCAGAAGGCUCUAAAGAGACGAAAGGGAUCACAAAAGGCUGCAGGGCAUCAGUAUCGGCUUGAGAAGCAAAGUGAACCUAACGUAGCUGUAGAUUUAGACCGUACCUUAGAGAGUCAGAGCACUUUGGAAUUCUGUCUGGUCAGAGAGUACAGCUCGCGAGGGGAGGAGAGCUCUGAGGAAGAGCCUCCUUUGGACAUGACAACAGUGCAGGACAUCCUGAGCAGCCAUCGUUACAAAUCCUACAAAGUCAGCAUCGUUCACAAGCUGCGCUUCACCACUGAUGUCCAAUUAGGUGUCUCAGGAGAGAAGGUGGAGAUAGACCCCGUUACUAAUCAGAAGGCCAGCACCAAAUUCUGGAUUAAACAGAAACCCAUUUCAAUUGAUUCUGAUCUACUCUGCGCUUGUGACCUUGUGGAAGAGAAGAGUCCAAGCCACGCAAUAUUCAAGCUCACAUAUCUAAGCAAUCACGACCACAAACAUCUCUACUUUGAGGCAGACACGGCCACAGUCAACGAGAUUGUGCUGAAGAUUAACUAUAUUUUGGAAUCGCGAGCGAGUUCGGCACGAGCAGAUUACCAGGCUCAGAAACAAAGGAAACUGAGCAGGCGGACAAGCUUUAGCUUCCAGAAGGACAAAAAGUCAGGACAAUAGGGCUGUUCUCAAGCCAACCCACUGCCCACCCGGCCGGACUAUCCCACUGAGAAAGGUACCCUUCCCCCUCCCCCGGCCUGGCAGAGGAGCCAGUGGAACCAUGAACUGUUCAGGUUUGCCGCCGCCGAGGGCGAGGAGACUGAUUACAAUCGAGGGAAACAUUUCAGCUCUUGUCGUGUCCCCAGGUGCCCUGAGUGGCAGGUGGGUUUUUAAAUCUCUUGGGGUCGUCCUGUUUGCCAUCGCCCAUAGAGAGAGACAGCAGAGAGGAGGCUGUGCCGCUUCCCGACACUUCGAUCCCCAAUUCAACAGCCAAUUCCCCCCCAAAAUGUGGACAUGAGGAGCGGCGCUGGCUGACAGUGGACUGGACACGGAUGUGUGUGAAACCUGUCACACGAUCAAGGUGUGAAGUCUGUCACAUGAUCAAAGGUGAAUAUCAAAUCAUGCGGAACAAAAGAAAACGUCAAAUUCCCUUUUUUUUUGGAUUAUUCUUAAACAACAAUAACACAAUUACUGGACAAAUACUUGGUAAAUAGUUGAAAUGAUUUUUUUAUGACCUGCGAAGGAAAUGAACCUUGGUUUUUACUGUGAUCUGUAAACGGUUCCCACGUGGUACCUGCUCGCUGCUGUGUAACCGCCCUGUGCUGGGGCAGGCGUACACACUGUCAUCAUUUCAGGACAGGUUGGGAAUGUAUAAUAAGUUUAAACACAUUUUGUGGCAAAAUAUAUAUAAAGAAAUACUUUGUUUCCCAAAAAAAACAUUUA